AUGUCCACACAAGCAAAAUCCCCGUUCCCUGCGGGGUUCACUAUCACAACUCCGAGAUUACGCAUCAUCCCCCUCGACCCCGGAAACCAAGAACACUGCGAAUUCCUAGUUCACCUAUGGGGUACUGAGCUUUUUACCAAACACCUUGGUCCAUCAGGCAUUAAUGAUGCCGCAACCGCCAAGAAAUUCAUCAGCAACCGCGUGCUGGCAGACUACGAACGCAAUAAACAUGGUCUUUUCCUGGUGCUGCUAUACAAUGAGGAGACCAAACAAACUACUCCGAUUGGAACGGCCUCGCUUAUGAAAGGUGCACCACCGGGCGCGCAUUAUUUGCUUCCAGAUGUCGGAUUCGUUACUUUGCCUGAGCUGAAUGGGAAGGGUUACGCGACCGAGGCGACAAAGGGACUGAUUGAAUACGCGACAAAAGAUCUGGGAAUAGAUGGGGUUUUUGGAUUUACUGGCCCGGACAACAUUGCUAGUCGGAGAGUUCUUGAGAAGGCUGGGCUGGAGUUCAGAGGCAUUGCGGAGUUAGUUGUGUUCGGGAGAUUAAGUGCGAUCUAUACUUUGCCAGGGAUGAGCCAAGACUUGAGUGUUUACGGUUUAAGUGAAGAAAUUCAGAAAGAGGAAGUAGCGGCAGAUAAAUGA